AUGCCUCCAACGAGAGGUAUCCAGAAUGCUCUGAAAUCUACUAUUCGUGCCACUCGGCAGCAGAUAAGGCAGCCUGAAGGUCCCAAAGCUCCAACUCGUGGUGUCUGCACGUGCUCGGUCAUACCCACUCCAUCGAAGACCCAUCAAGCUGAAGUGCGACCAUUUGUGCACCAACAGAAGCUUCCUACUAGAGUUGUGCCUCAGAAAAGAUGUGCUUCCACGAGCACGACCGAGCUCAAGCACACACCACUAUAUGCAGUACACAAGGAAGCUGGGGCCAAGACAGGUCCCUUCGCUGGCUAUGAUAUGCCAUUAGAGUAUCCGGAUCAAUCACAUCCAGAAUCACAUAGGUGGACACGCGAGAAUGCUUCGUUGUUUGACGUCUCCCAUAUGGUACAGCACAAGUUAUCAGGACCACUAGCCGAAGAAUUCCUUAUGACAAUAACUCCUUCUUCGAUAAAUACUCUUCAGAAGCAUCAUUCGUCUCUGUCGUGCCUGCUCGAGGAAAGCGGUGGUAUCAUUGGCGAUACAGUUAUCACGAGACUAGGUAGAGAGAGCUUCUACUUCGUCACAAAUGCUGGAUGUCGCGAGACUGAUCUUGCAUUUAUAAAAGCACAGAUGAAGAAGUUUCUCGAGGCUAAAGGUAUCUCAAAAUCCAACAAGGACGAGAACAUCAAGUGGCACGUCCUCAACUGCCACUCCCUCGUUGCUCUACAAGGCCCCAAAGCACAGGAGGUACUACAGAAGCUGAUCUUCAACGACACCGAAGAACAAACAUAUUCGCCUGAUCUUUCGACAUUGAGUUUCGGAGAAUCUCGCUGGUUGCAAUUCACUUUACCUGAUGGUAUGAACACACCUUCUCUUCUGAUUUCUCGAACUGGCUACACUGGUGAAGACGGGUUUGAGAUCUCGAUUCCGCCUGAGAAUGGGGACAGUACGAAUCUCGCCACUGCAAUAUCAAAAGCGAUGGUCGAUGAUGGUUCCGUCGUGAGAUGGGCAGGUCUAGCAGCUCGUGAUUCACUCAGACUCGAGGCAGGAAUGUGCUUGUAUGGCCACGACAUCUCGACAGAAACUACGCCACCAAUGGCUGCAUUAGGCUGGAUCGUGGGCAAGGAUCGACGCUCGGAAUCUGCAGCACCAGUUUUCAAUGGUCAGAAGACGAUCUUGCAACAGCUCACCUCGCCGAAGAGUAUGACUGAGCGUCGUGUAGGGUUUCUUGUCGAAAAGGGUCCUGCAGCACGUGAAGGAGCACAAAUUGUAGACCCAGACAAGGACAACGAGGUCAUUGGCAGAAUCACCAGUGGAUGUCCUGCACCUAGUAUGGAUGGGCAGAACAUCGCGAUGGGAUUGAUCAAGAACGGGUACCAUAAGAGUGGCACCAAGGUUGGCAUUAAGGUGAGGAAGAGUGUGCGGAAAGCAGAGGUUAGCAGAAUGCCAUUCAUACCUAGCAAGUUUUACAGGCCAGAUAAUAAGGACAAGGAUCAGAAAGAAAUGAAGAACAAUACCGAGAAGUAG